AUGACCCUACAGAGUGCACUGUGGAAACAUUCCCCCGUGACUGUAAAACAUGUUAAGGGACAGGAGGAUGGUAGAACACUUGUAAGGAGAGAAGUGGACAUAUUGCGCCGUUUACAACAUCCACACCUGGCAAAACUUCUGGCAGUAUGUUUAGAUCCUAAUCCAGAUCAUAUCUGUCUGGUAAUGGAGCAUUUUCAGUUUGCAUCACUCAACCACCUGCUACACAAAACCCAAGUAAAUAUGAGCCUACCUGAGAGAAUUAAUAUUUUAAUGGAUAUAGCCAAGGGAAUGAUUUAUAUUCACAGGCUCUCCAUAAUUCACGGAUUUCUCAAUUCAUUUUCGGUUUUCAUUGACGAGAAGCUUAAGGCAAAAAUCGGUAACUUAGAGUUUUCUCAGAAAGUUGGAGACAUCAAACAUGAGAUCGCAUGUUGUGGGAUACAAAAGAACUGGAUGGCACCCGAACAAAUCUCACACGAGCCACCUGAUACGCUUACAGCCUCCGAUGUUUACAGUUUUGGCGCUCCAAUGUGGGAGACAUUGGCUAGAAAGGUUCCAUGGUCAUGGCUGACGGGAAUCACUUUAAAACAAGCUCUCUGUCGGGAUCGUAUGACCCUUCCUAUGCUGGAAAUCUGGCCGGGAGAAAUUGAGUCUGUCAUGAAAAAAUGCUUCAAUGACGCUGUAGAUCGGCCGAACUUCUGCAGUGUACAUGAGUACCUCUCGACCAUUGAGAAUUCCGGAGGGGGACUGACUUCAGAAGUUUUGGACGGAGCCUUUCCUGAUUGGUGCGAAGUUCACCUUGGUAGCAUACAAAACGCGACCCAAAGAGUAAGGACCAGGGGUACUUCAGGGGCUCAACCCAGUUUAAGCACCACUCGAAGGGAAAGAGAGGUUGAGCAAUAUGGCUACCAAAUUGCGAAACAAUUAGAGUUGGAUCGCGACAUUCGACGACGGUCUCGAAGGUAUUCACGUCCCACCUGGGCAAAGGAGGUUGCCUUGACCAGAGCAAUAGCAAGAGAUUUAGAGAGAGUCCAAAACUAUACAUGGAAAACUUAUGACACUGCCUCGAAAGAUAAGACAUCAAUUAGACGUGGAAGGAAGCACAGUGUCUUGAAUGAGGAGACUUUUGACAGACUUCUUACGACAUCCUCUAAAUACUUGAAGAAGGACUGGUCUAAAGUGCUACAUGGAAUGGGAAAGCUAAAAAAACUCGAUGAGAGGAUUAAGGGAAAAGGUUAA